UUAAGUCCUGAGCAGGGCUUUUGUGAAGACUGUACUUGAGUUUCAUGUAUUGUUCUCCCUGUGCUUAGCCCAAUGCUACUGCAGUGGUGUGUCGGGGAGCCUAGUCUGAUGGGUUUCUGUUUGAAUUUUGUUGACAGCUUUGCAGAUUUCUCUCCUCUGAAGCACCCUUUUUUUGGUGUUGUAAAGUUAUUACUCCUACCUCAGGGCUCUCUGCUUCUCUAUGAGAUCUGGGCUGCAGCAUUUUGAAGCUUGUCUUUGGCUGUGUUGAAAGUGCUUUUCAAAUACUGUAUUUGUUUUCAGAUGGAGGUUACCAGCUUCCCAAGCAAGAGCUUUGUCACUAAAUGAACGUUAUUGAUCCAGUGUUUGUCAAGGAAACCGUAUCAAAGGUCUUGUUUGGCCCAGAACAACAGCUGCCAUACAGCCUGCCUUUCUUCCAGGUGACUCCUCCCUGGGACACCAGGAGCCAUGCUGGGCAUCUUCGGCACCUACAGUUUGGACGUGGUGGCCAGCACUUCAUUUAGUGUGAACAUCGACUCCAUGAACAACCCCAACGACCCCCUUGUCGCCUACAUCAAGAAGUAUCUCUCAUUCAAUUUCUUUAACCCACUGCUCCUGUCAGUAGUGAUGUUCCCCUUCCUGACACCAGUGCUGGAUAAGAUGAACGUGAGUCUGUUUCCCUCGGGCUUCCUGGUUUUCCUCAACAUUAUCCAGAGCAUCAAGAAGGAGUGGCAGAAGAACGACCACUCGGUCCGGGUGGAUUUCCUGCAGCUGAUGGUUGACUCACAGAGUUCAGAUGGCAACUCUGAAUCUAAUGAGAAGACACACUCCUAUAAAACUCUGUCUGACAAGGAGAUUAUGGCGCAGGCCCUUGUCUUUAUCUUAGCUGGUUAUGAGACCACCAGCUUCACCCUCAACUUCCUCUCAUAUAACCUGGCCACUCACCCCGACGUGCAGCAGAGACUGCAGGAGGAGAUUGACGCCGCUCUUCCCAACAAGGAUGCUCCAACCUAUGACGCCAUCCUGCAGAUGGAGUAUCUCGACAUGGUCGUGAAUGAAACCCUCAGGCUCUUCCCCGUAGGUGGGCGGAUCGAAAGGGUCUGCAAGAAAACCAUUGAGAUAAACGGAGUGACCAUUCCGAAAGGCACCGUGACAAUGAUCCCAGCCUAUAUGCUGCAUCAGGACUCGGAAUACUGGCCAGAGCCAGAAGAGUUCAGGCCCGAGAGGUUCAGUAAAGAGAACAGAGAGAGCAUGGACCCCUACAUUUUCCUGCCCUUUGGAGCUGGUCCCAGGAACUGCAUUGGAAUGAGGUUUGCCCUUCUCAGCCUGAAAGUGGCCAUGAUUGUGCUAUUGCAAAGGUUUUCCUUCAGAACCUGCAAAGACACCCCGAUCCCUCUGGUGCUGGACACAAAGGGUUUCUUGCAACCCAAGAAGCCAGUCAUUCUGAAGAUGGUCCCCAGAACCCAUGUCGAUCCAGAGGAGUAAAAGAAUUUGCAACGGAUCAGAGGCUGCUGCCAGCUGCUCCUUCCGCCUCAUUCGUCUCUCUAUCAAUCACAUGAGAAUAGGAAUGAGCCAUGUAAAACUGUAUAGGGAAAGCAAAAGCAAUAUCUAGAAAAAGCCCCAGCUGUCAUGAAAGCAGGGCCUUGUGACUAUACAGCAUACCAAAUUUGAUGGGCCCUUCUGUCCAACAGGAGAUUGUGCAUGGCUUUUCUACCAAAAAACCCCACACAAAGUACAGGCUGAGCAGAGUUCAAUUUUUAUAAAGCAAUAAUAGAGACCCAGGCCUGUUUCUCAUUGAUACCAAGACCCCUUUAUGCUGUUCAGACAGUCUAAAGGGACCUUUAAGGGUAUGCACCCGCUUUCAGGCCCCCUUACACUGCCAGAGUAGGGUUUAGCAUAAAUGAGAAUCAGGCCUCGGGCACUGAGACAAAAACUGUGUCACCUCCCAUCUGGCUAGACUCAUCCGAAGUUGAGGUUGUUAUGACUCCGUAUAAAAAUCACAUGCCCCAGAGUAUUUCACACUGCCGCAUGGGUAGACAUACCUGAGCUAGCUUUAAUCUCACUAGCUUGAGUAAUAAUUUCAGUGAAACCAGAACCACCGGGGCUGUACAACUGCACUUGGGGACACAAGCAGCUAGCCUGUGCUGCUGGGGCUUCAUUAUUUCAUUUGAGCUAGUUCAAAGCAAGCUCAGCUAUGAUUACACAUGCUCCACUCACACUGUUGACUCCAGCGUAGAUGGACUCUCAGCCUAUGCUAUGGACACUACAGUGGCAUAGCUGCAGCGACACCACUGUAGCUUCAUAAUGUAGACGCUUCUGACAUCAAUGGAAGGGGGUUUUCUAUAGGAAUGUAGGAGGUAAUCCACCUCCCUGAGAGGGAGUGCAGCUGAAGCCUGACAUGAAUAUUUAAUACAUGGGCGGGGGGAGGCCUCAUUUUUUGGAAGACAGCAUUAGGAAGGUAAAUGAAUCAUCAGGCUGAAAACAGGACAUUUGUGCUAAAUACGAUAAGUAAAUAGGGUAGUAGGCUGAAAAGACAGAAUGUCAGAGCCAGCGAAGAGAAGAGGGAGAACACCCCGGGGACUAUUUACUAUGAACUAGAUAGCAAGGGACCAAAUAAGUUAGGAAUGUAGAGAUGAGGUAAAGAGGAAGUCAAAACAAAGGCAGCAUGUGGACAGAUGCACACGGUCCAGGGGUUGGUCUCGGAGGAAGCUAGGUUGAUGAAGGAAUUCUUCCAUCUGCCAACCCAGGUCUACACUGGAGGUUAGGAUGGCUUAACCAUCGUGCGCAGGGGUGCUCAGGAAUUUUACACACCCCUGAGCUCCAUAGCUAGGUCGAUCUACCUAUUAAGUGUAAACCAGGUGUCAGACAUCAAAGAGCCUGCUGGCCUCAAUGGCUAUGUCAUCUGAUGCUACAGUAGCACUGUCUCUGCCGCUGCAUCAGAGGUUUCUGCUUGGUUUGAAAGACUCUUUGGUAUUCUUUCUGACCCUAGUCCAGAGUCACUGCCAGCCUUCUGGGUAAUCUGAUGCUUUAGAAGGAGAGGUCAGGAUGAUGUUGGGUCAGGUGGGUCUCUCUCUCUCUUAGUGCCGGUCAAAGUGGUGAGGUUUCCUUUCAUACAUUCCCCUUACUGAGGCUUUGCUUCUGCUUGGUUGCUUCACACCAGUGGAGCCACACAUUGCAACCCCCUCAGAGCAGAUGCUGUAUAGUGGUAUAAAACAGGGCUUGGAACUUUACUGGGAUAAGCUGCAUUGUUGCCAACCCCAUUUUGUAGAAGUGCAGUGUGCCCACACUAAGGGUUUGCCCCAAUGUAAAUACAUCAGUGCUAUACCGGUGCAAAUUACCCUAGUCUAGGUGAGCCUGAGUACCCCUCGUAUCAUGACCAUCACCCUUUUUGCUGAGCACUGCCUUUGAGACACCAGCAGCACUGCUAGGUUCAGGUACUUUUAUGAAGCUUUUUGGAUAUUGGACCCUGCUCAGCAAUUUUAUUCAGACAUUGUCAGUUUCUUCUGGCACUUUAAUUGAAAUCAAGGUGUAGAGCAAAUUGCCCAUAUGUGACUGUGGCUGCCUAUUUUGUCCCCAUUCCUAUUUCUUGCCAAGUUGGCCCUAUCUGUUUUCUGGUUUUACAACCCCAGCUGGGUGGUGACAUCCAGGGCUAUUUUCCUGGAUCAUGUGAUGCUGCAGCAUUAUGGCUCUGUCAGGUGUUAAAGUGACCACACCCUUGCAGGAAGUAAUGCAUGUGACCAAUUUCUAGAGCUGACUUAGCUAGAUUCUGGUAUGUUUUUAGGUGGCUGUUAUUACUAAAGACUUGUAACAUGCCUCAGCUUGCAGAUGAGUUAACCAGAGCAGCCUAGGUAUAAGCAGUUACCAUUUAUAAGCAGUGGUUUGCAGAGUGGGAGUGAAGCAUAUUAUGUGUUCUUUCUGUUUGUUUGCUUAUUGUAUCCAGUGGUCUCCUGUAUAAUAUCUUUACACAGAUAUUAGCCCAGUUAUGAUUUUUUAACUUUGUUCUCUAUUAUUCCAUUGUAUAACUUUGAUUU